AUGCAUAGAGGCGAAGAUAACGCUAUAUCUAAUGGUGAAGGAUUAAAAAGACCAACAUUUUUAAGAGGUGUUUCAAAUUUUAAAUUAAUAAAUAAUAUCGGAUUUGUAUCUGAUGAAAAAGUUAAAAGUUAUUUAAAAACAGAAAUUUUAGUAAAAGAAUGGUUAGAAAAAGUUUUAGGUGUUAAAAUUCAAACAAAUCUUUUUGAUGCUUUAAAAAAUGGUGUAAUUUUAUGGGAUUUAAUUAAUGUAAUUCAAGAAAAUACUGUCCCAUCAAUCGUUUAUAAAUCAAAAUUUGGGGGAUUCGAAUUUAGAGGUAAUAUUGAAUUCUUUUUAUUAGGUUUAAAAGAUUUUGGAUUUCCACCACAAAAAUUAUUUUUUACAGAUGAUUUAUUUAAAGGUGAAAAUAUUGUUAAAGUUGUUGAAUGUUUAUCAUGUUUAGGAAGAUUUGCAUGUGAAAAGAAAGAUUUUACAAUUGAAUUUCCAAAAUCAUCAAAUGUUCAAAUUAGAAUGCCAGCUGAAGAUGAAUUAGUAAAUUUAAAAUUAUUAUUAUCACAAAUUAAAGAUUAUUCAAGUAAUGUUAAAUUUAAUUUUAAUCAAAAACAAAAACCUGGUGGUACAUUAGUAAUUAAAAAGAAAAUUGAAAUAAUAUCUGGUAAUAAAGUUGAUUAUAAAAAAUGUGAAAAAGGAUUUUUAUAUUUUCAAGCAUUAUGGAAAGGUUAUAAAGUUAGACAAGUUUAUUUAAAAUUAAAAAGAAAUAUAAUACAUAGAAAAAAAAUUACAGAUGAAAUAUUAAAAACAGAAACAGAUUAUGUUAAAAAUUUAAAUAUAUGUAUAAAAUUUUAUAUGGAACCAUUAUUACAAAAAGAGAUUAUAAGUAAAGAACAAAGUAGAAUGAUAUUUAGUGAUAUAAUAAUUAUAUAUAAUUUUGGUAAAACAUUUUUAGAGGAAUUAGAGAAAAGAUGUGGUAACAAUUGGAAGAUUUAUACGAAAUUAAGUGAUAUGUUUUUAUCGAUUUCAUCAUUUUUAAAGGUUUAUAGUAGUUAUGUUGAAAAUUAUGAUAAUUCAAUCGCAGCAAUUAAAGAUCUUAAAAAGAAUUCCGAUAAAUUCAAUUCAAUGAUGAAUGAAGUUAAUAAUAGACCAGAGAUUGGUGGAUCAGAGAUUGAUUCAUUCUUAAUUUUACCAAUUCAACGUGUACCAAGAUAUUUCCUAUUAUUGACAGAAUUGGUUAAAAAUACAUGGACUGAUCAUCCAGAUUAUCAACCAUUGAAAGAAGCUGUCGAAAAAAUUAAAAGUAUUGCUACCUUUUUAAAUGAACGUAAAAGAAAAGUUGAAAAUUUUCAAAAGUUUACUGAAAUCCUUUCAAAUUUAGUUGGUAAAUCAAUACCAAAUAAUUUAUUUCAACCAAGUCGUUUCUUUAUUAAAGAAUUUCUAUUUGUAAAUCCAAAAAAGAAACAAGAUUCAAUCAUUUAUCUAUUUAAUGAUAUUAUAAUUAUGGGUACACCAAGAUCUUCAAAUAAUAAAAAAGUUAGAUUUAAUGGUAUAAUUGAUCUUUCAAAUUCAAUAGUUUUAGAUGAUGAUCAUCAUGAUAAAGAACAACAACAACAGGAACAAUUACAACUUCAAAAUUCUAUAAAUCAUAAUGAUAGUGAACCUGAAAAACCAAUUAUAAUAAUUCAAUAUUUUAAUCAACAAGAUCAAUUAGAGGUUUAUACUAUUUAUUGUAAAAAUGAAUUAGAAAAAUCAAAUUUAAAAAGUGAAAUCAAUAAAUUAAUUAAUCAAUUAAGAGAGAAUAGAAAAACUAUAAAUUCUGAUGUUGAUGAAUCUGUUAAAAUAAUGUUAAAUACUAGUAUUGGUGGUAGUACUAAUAUAGGUGGUGGUAUUUCAACUUCAAGUAGAAAAACUUUAUCUAAAUCAAUGAUUGCUCAAAAUAAUAAUAAUAAUAAUAAUGGUAAUCAACAACAAAGUUUAGCAACAAAUAUUCCAACUACAGCAUCAGCAGCAAAUGGUAAUGGUUCAAAUAAUAAUUCAAAUAAUAGUUCACCAAGAAAUGGUAAUGUUUCUUCUUCUCCACCUUCAUCACCUUCAAUUUUUAAUACAUUAUUUCAAAAAAGAAAAACUAUUCACCCAAGUGAAUUAUCAGCUUCAUUACAACAACCAAAUUCUACUUCAUCAACACCACCAAUUGAAUCACCUUCAAAUACAAGUUGUGAUGAAGCUGAUAAUGUUAUAAAUGGUAGACCAAGAUUAACUCGUAAAAAGAAAUUUGAUAAUUUAUUAGGUCCUGAUGAUGGUGGCUCUUCUUUACAAACUGGAAAUAAUAACGAUGAUGGUUCAAUAACUCCACCACCAACAUUUGAAGAACAAAGAACGAGAUCAAAAUCAGUUUCAACAAUUUCAAAGAUUACUGGUCAUUUUACUUUAAAAAGAAAAGGUAAAGUAUCAUUAGAUGAAAAUAAUGAACAAACAUUAUCACAACAACCAUCUUCAACUACAACAACAACAACAACACCAACACCAACACCAACAACAACAACAACAACAGCAACACCAACACCACCACCACCAACAACAACAACACCACCACCAACAACAACACCACCACCAACAACAACACCACCAACAACAACACCACCAACAACAACAAAAUCAAAUUCACAAAAACAAUCACAAACAUCACAAUUAUCAUCAUCACCAGCAAUUGUUAAUCAACAUCCAAAUGGUAGUGAAGGAACAUAUGAAUCAUCACCAUUAUCAGUUUCACAAAGAACAAGUUCUUCAAAUUCAAUAACCUCUGUAACCAUUGAUAGUGAUGGUGAUGAUAAUCAUUUUUCAGAUUUAAAUUCACAUAGUGAUUUAAAAACUGGUGAUGAUAAUGAUGAAAUGAAUAUUGACGAUCCAAAUUUCACCUACAUCCCAUAUGAAACCAUUGUUGCAAAUAAAAAAUCUGGAGCUUAUGAUGUAUUUAAAUUAGAGUCUUACCUUAACAACCAAGAUUUUAAGAGAUUAUUUGGUCAAAAUAGAUCUGAAUUUUAUAAAUUACCAAAAUGGCGUCAAAAUCAAAAGAAGUUCAUUUUAAAAUUAUAUUAA